CUGAGCUUUAAUAUUGAUAGUUGUUUUCUUCAUCUUGUUUCAUGAUAGAUUUAGAGAUACUUUUACGAUCGUCACUGAACUGCUUUAUUUUUAAGAAAACAGACAAUGUAAGCCUAUUUUCUGAUUUGACGUAUAUAUUUUAUUUGUGCCUGCAAAGUGCAGAUUCAUUGUUGUUUACAUCUUUACAUUAUUGCGUAGUGUUUUUUUUUUUUUUUUAACGUUCGUUAAAGAUGUAUAGUUUCGAAGGAGAGUUCAGAAGGCGGCCACAACAAUCUUUAGGAGGAGCCAGCCGAAAAGUAGCUCGUGAGGAAUUAAUUCACAAAGCUCAAAGAGAGAGACUGCAGAGAGAAGAGAAAAGACGUAUUAUUCAGUCGGCGACUAUUAUCCAAGCAUUUGUGAGAGGAUCGCUAUCAAGGCAAGAGGAAAAACGAAAAUUUCGGGAAGAAUUCGACCAUAUUAUGAAAACUAAACUGAAUGACCAAACUUCUAUUUUGUCUAAUCCAGAUGUGCUCUACGAUCAAAUCGGAAAACUGUUGCACUUCUAUUCUGAACAGCAAGAUAGUUCAAGACUUAUAACUGUGAAUCAAAUAUUUCUGAGAGAUUCUCAUACUAUAAGCAGAUUAUUUAUUUUAAGAUUCGAUGGAUGGCUUUACAAGAUUCAAAAACUUCUUCUGUUAAAUGUUAAAUAUCUGAAAAAUUGUGUGAAACCAAAUUCUAAUAUAUCUUUAUCUUUGAGAUUCAUUGAAGUAUUUACAGGUUUUGAGCUUUAUGAUAAUCUUAAACAGAAUCAAGUUGCAGACAAUUGUAGUGAUAAUAAUGUUAAUUUAAAACAAAAUUUCAAGCCUCUUGAAAAAAUCUGGGAUUAUUUAAUUAGAAAAGGUUAUUAUGCAGUACUACGUUUAGUGUUAGACAAUAAUGUGCCAGAUUCGCUGCUAGUUUCUCCAAGGCCUCCAACACCUUUGGCUGCUUCUCUGUUGGAUCUUUUUCUGCGUUCCUUAACUUUAAAGAGUGAUAAAAAGCCUUACUUUUUUCAAACCUUACUUCAAGAUUGUUUCACAGAAGAGUUGUCUCAGCAAAUAACAUGUUUUCUUUUACCUGCCCUUGCAUGCAAAGUUGAUAUCAUCACUAUUGACACAAUUUUGACUGCUAUAUAUCCUGACAAUCUAGCUUUUAAUUUUCGUGCUACAUCAAGCUUAUUAUACACAUUUAUUUAUUUGAUCACUAAACAAGCCAAAUCUUUGUCAGAUCAGCAGUGUGCAGAAUAUUUGAUUUGUGUUCAGUUCCUAUUGCAAUCUGUACCUGGUUGGAAAACACCCUCGAGCAAUGAAUCCGAGUCGGAAGAUGGUGAAAUGAUAGUUGAAAAUGACACCAAAGUGCAAAUCCAAGAGGAAAUAAUCAACAUGGUGAAUAAUAUUGAUCAUGUUAACAUGAUUCUUUGUAUACUGGACAGUGAGAAAGCGUUCAAUCAGUGCGCAGUAGCUAUUUGUUCUUUGUGUAAUUUACUUCUGGGCCAUCAGAAGCUUGCUAUCCAUCAUUAUCGUUUGUUGUACAGUCUUGCCUUCAAGCCAGCAUUCUUCCGAUUACUGUGGAAAUCGAUAGUGUCUGCGAAUGUUCCGUCUGCUUUUGGUACCACAACUUCAUAUUUGCAACUGAUUACCCAGAGUGUGUUAUUGAAUCCUAGUGACCAAGAUGUAUUCCUACCCCAACUUAUAGUAUUUUGUGCUUUAUUGAAUCAUCUCUUAUCAACUCUGCACGAUUUUGAGUUUUAUGAUCAAAGUGGUGAUAAGACCAGUGUCAAAAUGAUGCCAUUUUCAUUAUCUGAACUUGCUGGUAUCAGUGCAACAUUAAAAGAUGUUUGUAUGGGACUCAUUGAACUUGCAUAUCCAGAUAAAAAGUCAACAUUCAAUAGAGAUUAUGUUAAUGCAAUGAGGAGUGUGGGUGCUAAAAAUUUAGGUAAGCCAGUAGAUUUCAAUGUCGACAACUGGAAUCUACUUUUCAAAGUUGUGGUAGCUUUGCUGAGGCAAUUGUAUUCAAGGGAUUGCCGACGUAAAUUUUGCCCUGAAGGCACAUGGAUAGCAAAACAGUUCCCUGUUUUCUUUGAUAGAGCAGCUGAGAUGUAUUUCACUAAUCGCAGAAGUUAUGGUUAUGAACCUUUUGUUGGGCCUCAGAACAUGACUAGAGAACAGCUGGAAGAUGAGGGGCCUCCACUUUCUGCUGUUGAAGCUCGCCAGUUAGCAAUUCUUCGCGAGUUUCCUUUUGCAAUUCGUUUUCACGAUCGUUUCAAGAUAUUUCUCAACCUUAUUGUGAAAGACAAGCAGGAAAAUCAAGGUGAGCUCUCCAAUUUCCAAAUGGGCCCCAUCAUCAGGGUGACUAUACGGAGAAAUUUCAUUUAUGAAGAUGCAUCUACUUUUCUAUCCUUGCAAAGUGAGCCUAAUAUUAAAAUGAGAAUUUUAGUUCAGCUAGUGAAUGCUGUUGGAUUAGAUGAGGUUGGUAUUGAUGGCGGAGGUCUAUUUCGAGAGUUUCUGCAAGAGUUGUUAAAGACCUGUUUUGAUCCAAAUCGUGGAUUUUUCAAAACAACCCAUGAUGGUCUGCUAUAUCCAAAUCCAAAUGUACAACGAGUGACACCUGAUUUUGGUCGACAUUAUUUCUUUAUUGGUAGAAUGUUAGGAAAAGCUAUUUAUGAAAACAUGCUUGUUGAACUUCCACUUGCUGCAUUUUUUCUUACGAAAAUCCUUUCUAGACAUUCAACAUCAGAUGUUGACAUUCAUCAUCUAGCUUCACUUGAUCCUGUUAUGUAUCGAAACCUCUUAUUUCUGAAAACAUACGACGGUGAUGUUACAGAUUUAGGCUUAGAUUUUACAGUGAUGAACAGUGAAUUUGGGGAAAAUGAAGUUGUCGAACUAAUACCAGGUGGUGCUAACAUACCUGUGACAGAAAAUAAUCGAAUAAACUAUAUUCACUUGAUGGCAGACUUUAAGCUAAAUAAACAAAUCAAAGCUCAGUGUCAAGCAUUUAAAGAAGGGCUUGCCAAUGUAAUAGAUAUGGAAUGGCUGUAUAUGUUUGAUGCUAAUGAACUUCAAAUUUUAAUAUCCGGGUCUCAAACACCUAUUGACAUUGAAGACUUAAAAGCUUAUACUGUGUAUGCUGGUGGGUAUUAUAGGAACCAUCCUGUUAUUUGUGCCUUCUGGAGGGUUGUUGAGGGUUUUGAUGAAAGACAGAAGCGACAGUUGUUAAAAUUUGUCACCAGUUGUUCACAUGCUCCACUUUUUGGCUUCAAGGAACUGUCCCCCACAUUUUGCAUUCAAAAUGCUGGGCGAGAGGUUCGGCUGCCAACAGCUUCAACUUGCAUGAAUCUUCUAAAACUUCCUGAAUUUGAAAGUGAAGAAGUCUUAAAAAUGAAAUUGUCCUAUGCAAUUGAAUCGGGAGCUGGAUUUGAAUUAAGCUGAUUUCUAUUCCUUCAGCAAUAUGUGGUGAUAUUAUUUUAUACUUUUGUAAAAAAACAAACAAACUGAUUAUUAUGCAUAGAUGUGUGUUUAUUUAUUGGAUGGAAAAAAAUUUCUUGUUUGAGUAAUGAAGAUUUUGACUUUUCACUAAAUGAUUGUUGACUGAUUUUUUUAGGUUUACCCAAUAUAUGUUUAUGUCUUUGUAAAUGGAUUUUAUUACUUCUUUUACAUGACUGAAUGUUUAGAACAUCAAGUGAUAAAGAAGUCAUAAUAUUUUAUAUUAUUAUUUUUAAAUAACAAAAAAAUUAAAAAUAUUCUUAAUUAUCUAGUUCAAAGGUAAAAUUGGUUCCCUCUUCUACGAAUCCUUUUCCAGCCCCCUCCCCUCCAAAAAAAAUAUUCGUGAAUGAUUAAGCAUUAAUUAAUGAUAUAUAAAAUAAAAUUCUUUCAAAAAUAGCCAUUCUGUAAAAUAUUCUUCUGUGGCAGUUUUAAUUUCUACAUUUCAAAAAGUCUUAAUUAGUUCAUGAUUUCUAUAAUGUUCAUUUUUAACAAAAAUGAAAUAUUCAUUUUUAACAAAAAUGAACUUAGUUCAUUUUUUAAAGAGAAUUUUUCUUAAAAGAAAAAUAUAACUUUGGAGGUGAAUUUUUCUUAAAAUUUGUUUCAUUAUGUAUCUUAAAUCAGUUGCAAACAUUUAAAUUGGCUUUACAAAAAUCAAGCAUAUUAUCAGUUUGCUUUUAUUUAUAUGAGCUAAUUCUUUCAUUUUGAAUUCGGGAUUUUGACAGAUGUAAUUAUAAUUUUUAUUAGAUUUAGUGAAUCUGAUUAUUCGUUUAAGUAAAAAACUCAAUAAGAAAUAUACUGUAGAUGAAGGUAGAUCAUUAUGGAGUAUUUUCAAAAUACAGAUCAUUGGUCAAAUAUAUAUAAAAAAAUAAUUAUCUCUUGAUGAUUGAAAGUUUAUGCCUUUAUUUUAUUUCUACAAUAAACAUGUGGGAAAAUUAGAGCAGAUAAGACAUUUAUGUUAUGGUGAAAUUUUGAAAUGUAGAAAGCACAAAAUGGACAUCUUUAAAAAUAAAUUUGACUAACUCGUGACUUUUGUUCUUGUUCAAUUUAUCUCUUGAAAAAUUGAAGCGUUUUAAUGAAAUUUUUAUUUAUAACACUUCUAUAAUGCACUUAAUAGUUUUGUAGUAGUAAGUACUUAAAUAAUGUGAAAUAUAUUAUUUUAUCUAUUCUUUAUA